CAUAGAAGAAAGUUGCAUACAGUAAAAUAACCAGCAUGGUGCUAAAGAGGAGCAAGCAAGGCCUGAACACAGGCUGUUCUAUGCCAAAAGUUGGACCAUGGGUGUCGGUGCAGAAGUGUUGGAGACAGCAUCACACCUCGGAGUACAAGGGUGGUUACAUCAUUAAAGAAAUCUUAACACGCUUGUUUAGUGAUGAUCGAGAGGACUAUCACAGGGAGAUCGAAGGAGAGUUUACUGACAUUAUUCAAGAUGGCGGCUUGAGACUGAAUGCGCGUUACAAUGGACUGGAUGUUUUGUAUUCUCUGAAUAAAAGGAAACGCUGGCUUCUUCCCGGAACUGUUAAGGAAGCUAUCAGUGAUGCAGAUGCUCAGGAAGUGGAAAAGUCCAAGCUGACAUUGUUUGAGCGCUCUACCUAUUCAUCAAUGAUUAGUCCUCGUAGAAACCGGUUCAUAGCGGACUGUAUUGGUUAUCAUGACAGCAAAAGAAAAUUUCCUAGCACGUACCCCAAGAGUAAAAGAAGUUAUAUCACUGAUCUGAGACGCAAUGGCAUGGCGAGAAAUUCAGUGGGAAAAACAACACGGGAUAGAAUGAAGGAAAAGAGGAAGAACAACACCCUUAGAAAAAUAAGAGGAGCUCAAAGGCACCAGGUGAUGUUGCAGCCACAGGAAGAGAAGGAAAAUGCUGAAACUGAAAGAGAGAUGUUUCCAUAUGCCAGUCCUCAUGUACCGACAGAUGGUCCUGCAGAACUGAGAUAUGAAGUCUGUUAUCCCACGAGACCUGUGGCUCACAUGCUGUGCAAAGAUGGUCCCUUCAGAUGGGAUAGGUCAUGGCCAUUGAAUAAAGCAAAGUCCAAGGGAAAAGGCAGACGAAACAACCCUGAUCUGACCUGGUAUCAUUAUUGUAAAAAAUGGGAAUCAUAUGACGGAGUUGACUGGUUAGAUGAUGAAAUUCUUUUGGAUGAAGAAAAUGUUUCUGUUUGUUCACAAGAUGUCACUGCUGAUCAAGAUGAGGGCUAUUAUUCCAGUGGUCCUGUAGACGGCACUGAUGAUCAAGACAAUCCAUAUAAAACUUAUAAGCAAGCAGAAAAAAUUACUAGACCGUUUACUUUAUCUGAUUUCCUGACAAAUGUUUCUCUCAAGAAAAAGUCCAUGAAAAAAGAAAAAAGGAAUUCCUCUAGGGUAAAAGCCACCCACCCUAACCUAAUCAUGAGUGGUAGUGAUAUUGUAAAAUUUCACUCAAAGGGAAGCAUGGUAAUUCUUAUUGAUGAGGACUCCAGAAAUGAUGAGUACAAUGUCAGUGAUAAAAAUGACCAAGACACAGGUGAAGAUAGUGUCAAUGUCACCCAGGAUGUCAUCAAUAGUGCAUUUGAUGACACUGACACUCAUCACGCUGUAAGCGACAUCACCGUGACAACAGACAGCAUCAGUGACAGUGUCAUGCGUCAGUACUUUGGUGGCAGGUACAGAGAGUCUUAUACAGUCCCCCGUCGGUUUGUCAUCGAUAUCAGCAAGGACAUCAGUUCUGGGAAAGAGGAAGAAAUCUCGAUGUUUAUCAUCGCUGAGUCACUAGGCAGUAUUGGACAUGGUGGUCUUGGUGAUACUUGUGAUAAUGGUUGGGAUUUCUGUGACUUUGAUAUUCAGAAAGAUACUAGUACUGGUGUUGUGCAAUUAAGGGUACAAGUAAAGGGUGACCUUUCAUCAAACACAGCAGAUGUUCUUCAGAGUACAAUGUUUGACUUGGCUUCCACAGGACCAUGCCCUUUCCAUGAUGUUGUAGAAAAUAUUGUACAGACACUUGGCCAACUUGACGUUUGUUCUGAGAAAAGAAAGAAUUUCAGAAAGAAAUUUCAGUCACCACAAAAGUUUCACUUUUCACUUCUGCAGACAGUUUGUGGCUGGAAAAUGGAGAAUUAUGAUGUGGAAACGAGGUCACUUUUAGAUAUCCCCCAAAAGGAUCUGCAAGACAACUCUCAUAGAAAAACAGCCAGUCUGCCAUCUUGUACCCCAGCAUCAGACGACAGGUCAUGUGAUAUCUGUUACAGUGAACUGACCAAUGGGGAAGCUUCUGCCUUGUUGUCAUGCCAACACUGGUUCUGCGUAGACUGCUGGAGAGAUUAUCUUCUGUCAAUCAUAAAACAAGGUUUUGCCAACCUUGUGUGUCCUGCGUACAAAUGUUCAGAACUGGUUGACCCGGCCACCGUCCUCUGUCUGGUGCCGUUACCAGCCUACCAGCUGCUGGAGCAGAGGACACGAGAACUCGCGGUGGACACCAGCCCCCACCUCGCCUGGUGCCCCAACCCAAAAUGUGGACGUACCGUCCAGGUGCAGAGGACACAGGCUUUUCUUGGCCAGACCCCCUGCGUUGGUUGUGACUGUGGAGCCACCUGGUGUUUCGACUGCCAUGAGGAGGCACACUGGCCAGCAACCUGCGACUUGGCGGCAAACUAUCAGAAAAUUCUUAAACAGAAUGGACAUACAGGAAAGAAUUGUAACGCGGGUGAGGACAGCUACUUGUUUUAUGUGAGGGUCAAGAAGUGCCCUCACUGCAGUUACCCCAUGCAGAAAAAUGGAGGCUGUCAACACAUGACCUGCCGUUGUGGACAAGAUUUUUGCUGGGAGUGUUUAAAACCCUGGACUAGUAACCAUCUGAAUUCGAGCUGCUCCUCAAUGGCCAAAAAAGAAACCACUGUCGAACUAGAUUCUGCACCCAGGUGGAUGUUAAGAACCAACACGUUUUAUCGUCAGUGUCUCAGACAUCGCAGAGCGUGGAAGAGGUGGAGAGCAGAGCAUGCAAGACAAGCCGCUGUGAACUGCUGCCACAUUAUGAAGGUAACACCAUCUGCAGCAGAUUUCAUAUAUGAUGUCAUCAAACUUAAAGCUGAGUACCAUAUGGUUAUGGAAAAUGUUUACACUAUCAUGUGCACUCUGACAAGAAGACAACUAGCCCAGAACAAACUUCUCUUCAGCUGUCUGGAAAGAUUGGACUUUUUUGCCUCACAAAUAGAACAGAUGACCAGUGGUCAGCCCCAGACUUCCUUCAGCUUAGUGGUCAAGAGGCUGACCAUGCUGUCCACUAUGGGGGAGGACUGUGUCCGUCAGUUGGGAAGACUUUGUGUCAAGCUGCAGAAAGAAAACUGUUUAAAUUUGAGAUAAACUUUCAAGAG